AUGCUUCUCUCAGAGGAGCCCGCGACGCUCAUCCACCACACAAUCAACAACUUCAACAUCCAACCCGACAAACUUGCCAUUGCCCGCGUCACAGAAUCUCUGUCCACACUACAACAAGCACGCGACCUGCGUAUUCGCGAAGCUGAGUCUGCGCUGAAGAAACUCAGUCGGCAGCUCAACACACUCUCCUCGCAGCACGACGACCUCGUCCAAUCGCACUCGGCCAACGACCACGCCUCACGAAUCGCGACCCUCGACACCCAAAAGUUCAGGACCGCCAAGGCGGCCAGCGACGCCGAGAUUGAGGCAGAGCGCCUCGCCCAGCAAGCCGCCGACCUCAACGCGCGGUUGCAGGAGCUUGAGCUGCAGGGUGUGGAGGGGGACGAGUCGACGAGGCGACGAGAUGCCGUGGACGACGAAGUCCUGCUGCGACUCAAGGUCUACCGUAGUCUGGGCAUCGACAUUGAGCGUGAUGGCGGCGAAGCGGGCGAGUGGGGGAGGGCGGUUGUGCGGAACGACAGGAAGGGCGAUGUGCAUGUGGUGAACAUGGACAAGAAGUUCUCGCGGUACUUUUACGCCAACUACUUCUGGUCGACUCUCUGA